AUGCUUAUGAAGCCUUAUAUAAAGCAGGUUAGACUAUAAAGGAUAGAGGACUUCCUCUUAAGUUUGGUUUGCCUUUAAUAAUUUUAGUAAUGGGUCAGACAUACACAUGAUAUUCACAAAGCAUUUAAAUCCUAAGACUAUUAUGCCAAUAAAUUAGAUUAUGAAUCAAUCUUCCAUUAGAAAUACUUACCUUAUCUCAGUAUUCUCGUUCAUGAUAUUUAUUGGGUAUAAAAAAAAACUUUUCCCGAUAUAUUACUGAUUUAUAAAUUAAAGUAGGAAUAUCCCUAAUUUUAGGAAUUAGUUGAAUCUGGAAAUAGUAGGUUGGAAGAUGUUACGUGUGAUUUAAAGGGUUCCAUCAAAUUUUUAAAGAAGUUUACUAACCCUGAUCACCUUGUGUACUAUUACAAUCCGUUGUCUCGAUAGAUUAAUGACUAAAUAGAUGUUUAGUUUGAAAAUGACAUCAUUUAUAUGACUAUUGCUUUUUUACCUUCCUAAAUGCCAUAUGAAGCAAGUAUGGAUUUUGGAAAAGCAUUAAGAGAUAUUUUACCGCACUUAGUCUAUUCAGAUCCGACAAAACGAUUGGAAGAAAGCUGUUACAUGAAUUUUUGUAAAAUGCAACCGUUACAUUACAUGGAAAACUCACCUAAAAAUUUUAAUACAUUAAUGAAUUAAGGAGAAUUAAUGAAACAAAAAAUGACCAAUAACAAUUUAGAUCGAUUAAAUCUCAUUAUUCGGACAAAAUAAUUGCAACUUAAGAACAUAUCUCAACAGAAAAUACUUCUCUAUCAUAGUCACAACCAUAUCUUUUUCUUAUUUAAUUUUAGAUCACCAAACUCCAAUUCAUAAGAAACGAAGGAUGAUGGAGCUUAACUAGAAGAUUCACCAAUAAAUUUGAAUAUGCCUUCUAACGAAGGAAUAACUAAAUGCUCAAUGAUCAACUAGCUUUCGAUUCACGAAUUUAAAUUUAAUGAUUAUUAUCAAUUUAGCUAUUAUUCUAUUUUUGAUUUUUAUUUUUACAAUCCCUUAAAUUAUUAUCAAGAUACAUUUUUUAAAAUAAUUAUUAGGUUUAAAGAUAGAAACGUAAUCCAUUUUAUUGCGAUAAAAGAAUUCCAAAAACUCUUUAAAUUGUCACUAAACCCCCCCCCCCCAAAAGAUUUGUGA